CCGAAAGCCGGUGCGGAAGCUUAACGCUGCCUGUCCUCUCUGGCAUUAUUACGUGUUUGCACAACCUGAGCUGAAGCGGCUAUCCAAGGACAACGUUAUAGCAAUCAUGAUAAUUACUCCGGACGCUCCCAGGAUACCCUCACAAGCCACCUACUACGACCCGAAUAAGGCCCUACCCUCGAAAACCAAAGCCGAUUCCAUACAACGCGUCAUUCACAACAUCAUCCGCUCCAGAGACCCUAAAGUCAAGCCGACUCAUAUCAAACUGACGGUUAGAAAUCUUACUGAGUUUGGGAACCCUGAUUACUGCGACGAGCACGAUGCCUUCCACUCAAUUCGUCAUCAAAGAAAAAUAUCGAUACCAGAAUGGCUUCAACUCUUACCAUGAAUCAGAGGCCAUAGAGGGUGCUCUUCCGAUAGGGACCAAUUCGCCUCAGAAACCUCCGUAUGGUCUUUACGCAGAGAAGCUUUCAGGCACAGCCUUCACAGCUCCACGGCACGAGAAUCAGCAGUCAUGGCUGUACCGUAUACUUCCUGCCUCGAAUCACAGUCCUUUCGAACCCCGAGAAUCGUCAAGUUCAAAAACAGAUCAAGAGCCAAGCGCACAAGAGAAGUUCUUCCAAAUACCCAAUCAGCUGCGAUGGGACCCCUUCGAUAUGGAUGAUACCGUAGACUGGGUCAAUUCGCUACACCUCGUUGCCGGCGCAGGAGACCCAGUAAUGAAGACAGGUCUAGGAGUAUUUAUUUUCGCAGCUGGCAAGGACAUGGACUCUCAUGAAGCAUUCUACUCCGCAGAUGGUGACUUCCUCAUUGUCCUCCAGCACGGCGUCCUCGACAUCCAGACCGAACUUGGCAGACUUCUCGUACGGCCCAACGAAAUCUGCGUUAUCCCCCGUGGCAUAAGAUACCGCGUCACCCUCCCCUCAGGCCCGGUGCGUGGCUACAUCCUCGAACUCUACCAAGGCCACUUCACCCUUCCCGAACUCGGACCAAUCGGCAGCAACUGCCUCGCCAACGCGCGCGAUUUCCAAGCACCCACAGCCUUCUUCGACGAAGACACGUCCUCGUCCUGGACGCUCCUCUCCAAAUUUGCAGGCCGCCUCUUCGCCGCAAAGCAGAACCACACGCCCUUCGACGUGGUCGCCUGGCACGGACUGUACUAUCCGUACAAGUACGACCUGGGCCGCUUCAACACCAUCGGCUCCAUCUCCUUCGACCACCCUGACCCCAGCAUCUUCACCGUGCUGACCGCGCAGUCCGACCACCCGGGCACUGCCGUUGCCGACUUUGUCAUCUUCCCCCCGCGAUGGCUCGUCGGCGAAGAUACGUUCCGUCCACCGUGGUACCACCGCAACACCAUGUCCGAAUUCAUGGGCUUAAUCGGCGGCCAAUACGACGCCAAGGAGGGAGGCGGCUUCCAGCCUGCUGGCGCAUCCCUGCAUAACGUCAUGAGCGCGCACGGCCCGGACGCGAGCACGCAUGAAAAGGCCUCGAAUGCAGAGCUCAAGCCCGUCAAGGUGGGCGAGGGCAGCAUGGCGUUCAUGUUUGAGAGCGCGCUGAUGGUCGGCGUCACGGAGUGGGGUCUGAAGCAGUGCGCAAAGGUCCAGGCGGACUACUCGGAGCAUAGCUGGGGCGCGCUGAAGCCGCAUUUCAAGAGACCAAGCAAUUAACUAAGUAGUAGAGUUUGAUAUGCGAGAAAUGCAGUUGGCGUAUGGCUUCUGUAUGAAAAUAAUAAAAAUAUGAAUGAACGAAUGCGGACAGGGCAGAUGGCUAUCAUGGACUGUGGGAAUAAGUGGACAUCGAAUAUCAAGCACACCUGUUGUUUACAAUACAAUACGACGAUAGAAUGUACAUUCAUAUCACAAUCCAUAUUAGCAUCCCUGAUCUCUAUCAUGUUCUAUCACGACUUGGCACGGCACCUGCACCGACACGUCGAGAUAAGCAUGUUCUCCGAAUCGCG